ACUGCUCCACCGUGUCCACACGAAAAGAAGAACCCGGUACUAGCUCACCUCCACCGAGCCCUUGGAGCGAAGCCAUGCCGUCUCUGCGCCAUUCGUACACGCUGACGGACGAGCCGAACGCCGCGGUGUCUCCGGAGCGGGCCGAGCAGCGGAAAAAGAGCCCGUCUCUGUCCCGCUCGGCGCUGGUGUCCACGUUCAGAGGACUCAUCAUCAGCCAGAACAAGAACAAGACUCCCCAAGGCCUGGUAGGACUGAAGAACCUGGGCAACACGUGCUUUAUGAACUCGAUCGUGCAGUGUCUGAGUAACACCACAGAGCUCAGAGACUACUGCCUGAGGAGCGCACACAGACUGGACCUCUGCAGCCAGCGUAGGACCAGCAGCACCGCGCUUAUGGAAGAGUUUGCGUCCCUAAUCCAGCGCUUGUGGACUUCAGCCAGCUCAGACACCCUUAACCCGGCAGAAUUCAGGAAACAGAUCUGUCAAUAUGCCCCCAAGUUUGGAGGCUGCAAUCAGCAGGACGCCCAAGAGUUCCUGCGCUUCCUAUUGGAUGGUCUGCAUAACGAAGUGAACCGGGCGAUACAGAACCCAAGGGUGUCGGUGCAGGACUUUGACCACCUCUCAGACGAGGAGAAGGGUCGACAGAUGUGGAACCUGUACGUACAGAGAGAGGACAGCGCUAUAGUCGAUGUGUUCGGGGGCCAGUUGAAGAGCUGUCUGACCUGCUCUGUGUGUGGCUCCUCCUCCACCAUGUUUGACCCCUUCUGGGACCUGUCCAUCCCCAUCGCAAAGAAAAACGCCAGGGAGGUGACGCUCAGAGACUGUUUGAAGCUCUUCACUAGAGAAGAUGUGCUGGAUGGAGAUGAGAGUCCGACGUGUGAGCGCUGUAAAACCAGGCGGAAGUGCACCAAACGUCUCAGCAUCCAGCAGUUUCCUCACAUCCUGGUGCUUCACCUAAAGCGUUUCUCCGACUCAAACGUUCGCAGCUCCAAACUCUCCACAUACGUCAACUUCCCCCUGAAAGAACUGGACCUGCGGGAGUUCUCCGAUACCAACGAGCGGGCGGUGUAUAACUUGUUUGCCGUGUCCAACCACUCGGGUAGUGCUUUGGGGGGACACUACACAGCCUACUGCAAACACCCGGCACUGGGGGAGUGGUACUGCUACAAUGACCACAGGGUGAACCCAAUCUCCUCCAGCCAAGUCCGCAGCAGUAACGCUUAUGUCCUCUUCUACGAGCUGAGCCCCUCAAGUACCAAGUACCAGACCUGCAGACUAUAACAACCAUACCCUUUACAACAACCGAACCUGUCGUAUCAACCAAACCCUUUAUAACAAGUACCAGACCUGCAGACUAUAGAACUGGACAAAACCCAACUUUUUAUUAGAGCCCAACCCUUUAUAAAAAUACUAUAGCUGUAGCAGUGGUCUCUACCUGGGGGCGGGAACAUAAACGCCACGUGCUGUUUAUUUGUCUGGAAUAAAUGCUUGGUAGUAAUAAUUAUUAUAUGAUGUAUUUAUGGGGGUGUCAAGGAAAAAAGAAUAGAAACCACUGCUGUAGACUAUAGACCCUUCCCACUGUGAUAGGGCAGCACAAUAUAUUUCAAAACUACAAAUAUCAUAAUAUACAGUAUAAAUCAUAAUACAUAACGCAAAAUGCUAAGGUUCUUCAUUUGCUUG